ACUGGAAGGUUUUUCUUUGGAGGGAAAAUGGCAGUAAAACUUUCAGAAGGAUCUGUUAAAGGCUAUAAGAAAAUUCCUGGAAAUGCAAAUAAUGAACGUUAUCGUUUAUUAGUACAUGAUGGUUGCAUUAGUCAUCCAUUUGCUAUGCUUGCUACUCAGCUAAACGAUAAAAUUGUGAAAGGUGAAUUAGAAAGAUAUACAGUUAUAAGAUUGGAUAAAUAUCUUUGCAAUCAAGUACAACCUGACAAGAAAGUACUUAUCUUAUUGGAAAUAACAGUUUUGGUACCUGGUGUAGAUGUUGGAGAAAAAAUUGGAGCAUCUAUACAAUCAAUUGCUACUUCCAAUGAACUUCAAAAUGUUGCACAAGGAAAUUCAAGUAAUUUUAGAGCACAGAAUACAAAUAUUGGAAUGGUGACUAAAAUUAGAACAGAACCAGGUAGCACAAAUUGGUCAGGUGGAUAUGGACAAAGGAACCAACAAUAUGGAGGAGCAACUUCUGUAAUUGUUCAUCCAAUUAGCAGUUUAACUCCUUAUCAAAAUAGAUGGACAAUCCGUGCUAGAGUAACUAAUAAAACAAAUAUACGAACUUGGAGUAAUUCUAGAGGUGAAGGCAAAUUAUUCUCUGUUGAUUUAUUAGAUGAAAGUGGAGAAAUAAGAGCUACAGCUUUUAAUGAACAGUGUGAUAAGUUCUUUGAUGCAAUGGAUGUUAAUAAGGUUUACUAUAUCAGUAAAGCAAGUCUGAAGACUGCAAAUAAAAAUUUCACAUCAAUAAAGAAUGAUUAUGAAAUGAGUUUCACAUCAGAAACAACUGUGGUUUUAUGUACAGAUAAUUCUAAUUCUAUUCCAAUGGUACAGUUUCAAUUUGUACCUAUUGAUCAGCUUCAGAAUGUAGAAAAGGACAAAUUUGUUGAUGUUAUUGGUGUCUGUAAGAAUGCUUCGGAUGUUCAAACAAUAACAUCCCGAAAUACAAAUAAGGAAUUUAAGAAACGUGAUGUUCAUUUGGUUGAUAAAAGUGGAGUAGAAGUGUCUCUCACUCUUUGGGGAGCUGAUGCUGAAAAAUUUGAUAGCAGUGAUAAUCCAAUUAUUGCCGUUAAAGGUGUUCGUGUUUCAGAUUUUGGAGGAAAAUCAUUAUCCAUGAUAAGCGCAAGUUUACUACAAAUUAAUCCAGAUAUUCGAGAGGCUCACAUUUUGAGAGGAUGGUAUGACAGAGAAGGUGCUCACAUUACUACACAGUCCCUGUCUAAUCAGACUUCUGGAUCAUUGGGUGGAACAUGGAAAACAUUUGCUCAAGCAAAAGCUGAAAUGUUGGGUAGUAGUGAUAAGCCUGAAUAUUAUAUUACUAAAGCAACUAUUGUUAUGGUGAAACGAGACAAGUGUAUGUACAUGGCAUGUCCUGGAGAUCAAUGUAAUAAACAAGUUAUUGAUAUGAAUAAUGGUUUAUAUCGAUGUGAAAAAUGCAGUAGAGAAUAUACCAGUUUCAAGUGGAGACUGUUACUUUCUGUUAGUCUUGCUGAUUUUUCAGAAAAUCAAUGGGUAACUUGUUUCCAAGAUGUAGCAGAAAAGAUGCUUGGAAUUACAUCUGAAGAAUUGGGCACUUUAAAAGAAACAGAUGAAGAAAAAUUUAAGGAAGUGCUAAUAGAUGCAAAUUUUAAGUCAUUCAUUUUUCGUCUGCGUACAAAAUUGGAAACUUUUAACGAAGAAACAAGAUUAAAAACAACAGUGAUGCAAGCAACACCUGUUAACUGUCAAGAAUAUGCCUCUAAAUUGCUUUCAGAUAUUAAGCAAAUGGAACUUGUUUUGUAAAAAAUUUUAUAGAAAUGUUUAUUUGCAAAUAAGAAUAUCAAAGCAUUUUUUUCAUGUCUGUUUAAUAAUUUGUUUUCAAAUCAUCUGCCAGAAAUCUGUACAAAUAAAGUCAUCUACAUUAUCGUGAUUGAUCGCCCAAGUCAUCUACAGCAUCUUCGUCAAUCUGAAAAAAAAUAUUUAACAAUUACUGUA